AACGAGCUCGACGUUCAGUGAUCGAAAAAGCCAACAACGGUGAAUCUCCUGUGCAACCAAGAUGAAGACUGUCCUGAUUGCUCACGUGGUUGUUGCCUGCUUCCUGCUCGGCGAAGUACUCUCUGAAGACAAGUACACGACGAAGUACGACAACGUCGAUAUCAAUGCGGUGCUGAACAGCGAGAGACUUUUGAACGGAUACGUGAACUGUUUACUCGAUCGCGGCGCUUGCACCCCUGAUGCUGCUGAACUCAAGAAAAAUUUACCGGAUGCUUUGGAACACGAGUGCUCAGCCUGCAGCGAGAAGCAGAAAGAAAUCGCGGAUAAGAUUUCUCAGUAUUUGAUCGAUCACAGGGCGGAAGAAUGGAGUCUUCUCGAGGCAAAGUACGAUUCAACGGGAGCUUACAGACAACGUUAUCUUCAGGACCGAGUGAAGGAAAAAGCUCUGGACUAAAUUACCCUCGUAAUUCAAUGGCAUCGAUUAUCUUCACUUCAUUCUUGUUAAUUUUAACUGUACACGGUACAACGAUGCACUAUAAUGAUUUGCUACUGUAAUGA